GCAUAGAGGGAUUGGCAGGUAUCUUCUAGUCUUGAAGGGCUUGACAGGCCGCCAUUUGGUAGACUGAGAGGAGCAGGGUAGUAGCCCAUGUGGUGUCCGAACCGUUACUGUGGAAGGCCUACCUUGUAUUGCCGUACAUCUGUUUUUCCCGCGUGCGAUGCUUUUUUUCAGACUUUCUAUAAUUUGGCUGUUUUUGUUGGAAUCAACAUUGCAAGGCGGCCUGCUGGCUGCAUUUCCGCAUAAACCACGAUUGACCUGGCGGGCAAGAAGGACACGUGUACACUCAACUGAAAGUUACAGGGCAGUGCACGAGCAUCAUCUUGAGGAACGAGGAUGGGCCUGGCCAGGGGGAUUCCUCCCUGACAGGGAGGGGCUUCCCCUGCCUCUGCAUCAUUCAAAUGCGCUUCCCGCGCCUCGUUUGUCUGGGGUACCACGUAACUUGAUCGCCAUUCCUGAGGCAUUUGGAUAUGGACGUGAAGCUGCAGGAGGACUCGCUGGCCGCCACAUUUUUGUUACCAGUUAUGCAGAUGAUGGAGUUGGGACACUCAGGGAAGCUUGUGCCCUUAGCGGACCCUAUUACAUCCACUUCCAGAGUAAUGCGAUUCUCAGACUCAACUCCACCAUUCAGUGCAAGUCUUUCAAGACUGUCGAUGGAGAUGGGUGGACUGUGCAGAUCCUGGGUUUUGGCAUUGACAUCACCGGCCAGGAGAGUGUCGUGAUCAAGAACAUCGCAUUUAUAAGGAGCAAGGCGGAAGGUAUUGCAAUCCGCAACAGUCGCCACAUCUGGGUCGAUCACUGUGUCAUUCAAGACGCCGGCAAGUCAGCUGUCCUUGUGGAGGGUAUGUCUCGUGCAAUCACGGUCUCGUACUGCCUAAUGAAAGAGAACUGGGAAGGUCUAAGCCUUGGAGGCCCUAAUUACUUUUCGGGGGAUAAGUUGAUGACUGUCACAGUUGCCUUCAAUGUGUUCGUGAGGAGCGGAUCCAGGACACCUCUUGUACGAUUCGGCACAUGCCACUUAUGCAACAACGUCUACGAUGGCGCCGGCAGAUUCAGCAUCAGUGCACUCUACGGGGCGCGGUUGCUCGUACAGAACAACUACUUCACCUCCAAUGAGCAAUCACAAAUUGGUGAUGGACUUGCUGACGGUUCGAUGACUGGCGAUCCCGCCAUUAUCGGAUGGCAAGGUAAUCUGUUCGAUGAUGGUACACCUGCACACCCUCCUCCUCUGCGGGCGAAUCUGGCUGGUUCCACUCUAGGGAUUGUUACAUUGACCUUUGCUUGUCCAAGGCUACCCAGGCACACUAUCAUCCGCGAUGCUGGUCCACAGAGAAGAUCGUGACGUAGUGCCAAGGUUGUACUUCAUAGUGGUUAGAGGAAGGGCCUCCUCCCAAAAGGGGGGAAUUGAGUAGGGGGAAAGGGGGGGGGCUGGGGCAUCAGUGUAGGUAAGUAGGGCCCAUUUACUCAGAGUAUGGGUCCUGCGGUCCACACAUCAACGGUGCUGAAUUGCUUGCGGCCACACAUGCUUCCCUCUCGCAGGUUGUAUACCAUGUAGCACAUCAUCCG